GACUCUUGACACAACUCUAAGGGACUCUUGACUGUAAACUUGGUUACUAUGAUACUUUUGACCUUCUGAUUAUGUAUAAAAAAUAAAAUAGAAAGAAUUUAAAAGUUUUUGUAAAGAUUUUUUCAGGUUUGUCAUGAUCAUAAACAUCAAUUUUUGUCCUACUGAACGUCGUGCUCAAAUUUAUUUAAUGAUUUUUAUCUUUAUCUUUUGCCUUUUCCACAUCCUUCUUCUGUUUUACAUGACAUCUUUUAUAACAUCUGCUGAAGUUCACUCAGAACAGAACCAUGAAUUGAAAGAUGAAACAACUAUUAUAUCUAUGGUACUUCCUUUCGAGUUGAAAACUGAAACGAUAACUAGUCGAAACUGCACAUUUACUAAUUGCUUCAACGUGAACUGCUGUUUGCAAAAGUUUGCUAAUGUACCUUUGAGAGAUGAUGAAGGUAAAGAACAAUGUUUGCGUACAGAUUACCAGUUUUACGAUGAGAUCAAAAGAGCUUUUCGAACUCAUUUUCCUUCGCCAGAUUUUCCUGGAAAUUGUUCGUGCUUGAAUUUGUGCAAAAACGAUUUGACUGACUUAAGCAGAUGGAAACCAGAAUUAUUCGAAUUUUCUUCAAACACAAUUUUAUUCAACAUCUUCCCGCCUAAACAGGAUGGUUAUCUUAAAAUCCGAAAUGAAAAGGAACAAAACAUAUUUGGCUCUGCGAUGGUUGCUUCAACUGCAUUUGUUCAGUAUUCAAUCAGACCUGAGUUUGAUGUCGCUAUCCCGUUUGUUAACACAGCUGAGAAUCUAAACGUCGUAGGAACUCAAAUCCGCAAAACAUUUAUUCUAGCGACUGGGCUAAAAACUGAACAGCUGAACGAUUUUUGGCAAUCAGCUUCAACGAGAAAUCAGGAUGACAUUAGCUCGAAUGUCUUCUGUUCUUCGAAGAAAAGUGAAGACAGGUCAGAUCAUGUGCAGAACCGUUGUACAUGGAACAAACUAGAAAGUGGCGUUGAGUUAGUGUCCCUGAAAACAGCUAUGUCCCAGUCUCAGUUUUGCAUAUUGCCUCAUGAUUCAUGGUAUCAGCAAACAGACUUGAGUCUUGCGUUGUCGACUGGGUGCAUACCAGUUAUUACGUCAUCCAUGUUUGUGCUUCCUUUUGCCUCACUUAUCGACUGGAAAGAAACGGCAGUGAUACUUAAUGGACAAACAGACUGGGAACAGAUAUUUAGCGCUUUGACUGAAAUACAGCCAAUGAGGAUAAAAAAGCUCCAAUUAAAAGGACGAGAAGUGUUUAAUGAAUAUUUUUCGAGCAUUGAUGCAGUUGUGAUGAAUACUUUACACAUCAUUCGGAAGAGAAUUGAAAUUUUCAAGCAAAAUGACAUGGUUAACAGCGAAAGUGCAUCGCUUGAACGCCGAUCUAUCUCGAGUGUCACUGCUCCUUUAUCUGUGCCCUCUGUUUCUCCGAUUGGAAUGUCCAGAUUUACAGCUGUGGUUCUGACACACGAUGACAGCCGACCCGAGUGUCUAUUGCAAUUAGUCAAGACGGUGAUGGAAGUGAGUGAGUUGUCGAGAGUGUUAAUUGUGUGGAACAAUGAGGUGAAGUAUGCCUCGCCAGCUGCCAAUGUCGUGAACAAGUGGCCACCUCUCCCCAAACCACUCAAAGUGGUCAACAUGAUGUCCAAUAAACUCACAAACAGGUUUCUGCCUCUGAAAGAUAUUGAUACGGAUGCCGUGCUCUCAUUGGACGAUGACAUGACGGGGUUGAAGUCGCACGACAUUAAAAAUGCAUUCGAUAUUUGGAAAUUAAACUCUAACAGACUUGUGGGCUUCGUAGGGUGGAGCAAAAAAUGGAAUGAAGAAAAGAUUCAGUGGGAAUUGACGGAAAAUACGCAGAGUCAAAAGAGUUCCUCUGGGUUAUCAUUUGUUUCUACCGGUGCUAUGUUCUACCACAAGAAGUUUGCUAUCGAGUUUUCAUAUUACUUCGAUCACUUUUCGCAAACGAGGUUUUCAAAUUUCGAAGACGAAGCAACUUCUGAGCUCAGCUCUUUCUCGUUCAUAGAGGAGAGCAGAAAUUGUGAAGACAUUGCUUUCAAUUUGUUCGUGGCCAACAUGACCAAAUUGCAACCGAUGAAAGUAAAUUGUGAUGUGAAAGACUUUGAAGGAACUUGUUCGUCAUCUUAUUCUUACUCUGAAGAAAAUGAAGGCAAAGAAAUUCGAUCAGAAAGAAAAGCGAAUUGUGUAAACUACUUCUAUCCUAUCUUCAAGUCCAUCAUUGAUCAGUCUGUGAACGUGCAAUUUAAAUGGACUGUUCUCUAAAACAGAAAACUCAGAGUAAUGGCCUUUUUUGUACUAUUAAAAUUAGUUUUCAUUUUGUUGAAUUUUUAGUAUUAAUUAGUGAAACUUAAUUAUUAAACAAAAUCAAUAAAAAUCGAUUUCAAA